GCGUGGGGCAGGGCUGCGCAGGCAGGCGCAGCCGAAGGCGGCCCAUUUGGCGCGUUCCGUGGUGGCGCCGCCGGGGGGCCUGCAUUCGAGACGCUUGGGAAGAGUUCGCUGCGUGUUGGCCCGACGCCGGCUACAUUCCUUCGGCAUUUUGGCGGCAGAGGGAGGGGAGCCUGGUAUGGCCUCGCCCCCAGUCAGUGCCUGCGUCCGGUGGCAGCAGCGAAGGAGCGGCGUGCUUUUAGGUUGCCGGCCGGGCCCCAGGGCCGGCGCCGGCGGCUACUGGCAGACAAACUCCCUUGGGCCGCGCGUGGCGUGUCUCUCUCUAUUUUGGCGAGGGGCGCCCGCCCCACCCGAAGAAUUCACCAGAUCGCGGAGUGGCGGGGGGGGACUGGCUCAGCUCACUGGAUAUGACGACGGCGCUCGCGGAGGUAGUGCGGACUUGGUUUGAGGUUAUGGCGCAAGUCAUUGCUCGGGCCGGAGGCCGCGCGCCGCCCUUCCCGCCACGCUCUUCUGUUCUUGGGCCGGGCCGGUUUAGGGGAAGGAUGCGAUGCCCAGGUGGGCAGGAGAAGAAGCGAGCGC